AUUAUUAGUAUAAAGACAGUAGUUAACCUGAGAAUAGAAAUCAGUAAAAAUGGAAAAGGUUGCUUUACUAUUCGUCUUAUGCUUAAGCUGUGUUUUGGUUUUCGGACAAAAUGAUAGGACUACUACACCUUCUUGUCGAAAAGAUCAGACUUUAGUUUGUACAAACCCAUGUACAACAGUGCCAACUUGUCAAAAUCCAAAUGCAACUCGUGAGACUUUGAUUUCUUGCGGAGGUCUUUGCCUUCACGCUUGUGUUUGCGAUGCCAAACAGGGACUAAUUUUAGAUGAAAAUACUCAAAAAUGCGUCAAGAAAGAAGACUGCCCUCCAGCAUGCAAACCAGGAGAAGAAAAAAGAUGCAUUCCAUGUCUAUGUCACGAGGCCACUUGUCAAAAUCCUAAACCAUCUUGUCGUAAAGACAUGAUUUGCUCUGAAGACUGUCGUCCGUUUUGUGUGUGUAAACAAGGAUACUUAAGGGAUAAUUCAACUGGAACGUGUGUACCUCAAGAUAAUUGUCCUUCAGCAGCAUAAGAAAUAUAAUUGUAUCCAAAAGAACGACACCGCACACGUCUUACGGAAAAUGUAAUAUCACUCAAAUGCAAUUACAUUUACAUGAACAGAUUUGUCUCCAAAUUACAAUCAAUUCAUAUAAUUGCGCCAACUCUGAAUCUUGAUUAAUGAUGGUAUAAAUUGAUAUAAUUAAAUACAAAAUCAAAUGAGUCGGUACGUGAGUUAGAGUGAAAAAACAGAUUUUUUGAAUCGGCAGUUCAUAAAUCUUUCUGCAGAUAUUAACUCAGGAUAGUUCCUCUAAUUGCCUUAGCUCACGCUGGCUUAAUUUAUUUUCGAUAGCGACUAGACUAAUAAUAUUUAUGAUUAUGACCGUUUUAUGGACUUCAAAAUGUGAUUUACAUAAACUUUAAUUACAAUUUACGCCGUUAUUAUAAUCAACAUUCAGAGUUAGCGCAAUGAUAUGAAAUGAUUGUAAUUUCCAGACGAAUCUCUUGAUGUAAAUUUUAUAACAUUUGAGUGGCAUUACAUUUUCCAUAAGAUAUGUGUGGUGUCCUUUAAAUUGAUAUAUUUCCUAAUGGUUAUUGUUAAUACUAUAUUUUAUAUUGGUACGUCUAAAUUAAAAUGGCGUUUUGAGUAUGAGAUUAUUUAUGCAUAUAUUUUUUAAUAUAAAUAUUUAAUGCGAGAGAA